AUGGCUGAAAAGAGUGAAGAAAAUCGAUUGAAGGGAUGGCUUGGAAAAAUUCUGCAGAUUGAGUUGACUGACAAUCGAAUCAUUGUUGGUAGAUUUGUAUGUACUGAUAAUGCCCCAAAUGUUAUUUUGAGUCGAUGUAAGGAGAGUUGGAAGGGUGAAUCUGAGUUUCGCGAUAUUGGUUUGGUCAUGAUCGCUGGAAAGCAUAUACGGUCUAUUCAUCUUCUUUUGGGAGACUCUAUCGGAGUUACUAUUUAG